GGGUGUGUGAGCGCCCAAGGUCUCGAGCCCUCCCCUGCGCUUUAGCCUCAGUGCGGAGCCCUAGGCGGUGUGAGGAGGAUCGAUCGCGAGGAUCCUUGGGAGCAGCAGUAGCAGCAGCAGCAGCAGUAGUACCUGCAUCCGCUGCGGGAGUCGGAGCUGGAAACACACCCACGUCGCUGCCCUUUCCUCUUCUGUCAUCUCACCGCCCCGCCACAGACCGCGUUCCCGGAGGAAAGCGGCCGCCCACGCCCGGAGCAUCCUCCCCUGUCCAGGGGGCGCUGACUGACCCGGAGGCAUGAUGCGGCUGCGAGGCUCGGCGAUGCUGCGGGACCUGCUCUUGCGGUCGCCCGCCGGCGUUUGCGGGACUCUGAGGCGGGCACAGCCCCUGGUCACCCUGUGCCGGCGUCCCCGGGGCGGGGGACGGCCGGCUGCGGGCCCGGCGGCCGCCGCGCGACUCCACCCGUGGUGGGGCGGGGGCGGCUGGCAGGCGGGGUCCCUCGCGCGGGGCCUGUCCAGCUCUCCCUCGGAGAUCUUGCAGGAGCUGGGCAAGGGGAGCACGCAGCCGCAGCCCGGGGUGUCGCCACCCGCUGCCCCGGCGGCGCCCGGCCCCAAGGACGGCCCCGGGGAGACUGACGCGUUUGGCAACAGCGAGAGCAAAGAGGUGGUGGCCUCAGGUGAAAAUAAAAUAAAACAGGGUCUGUUACCUAGCUUGGAAGAUUUGCUGUUCUAUACAAUUGCGGAAGGACAAGAGAAAAUACCUGUUCAUAAAUUUAUUACAGCACUCAAAUCUACAGGAUUGCGAACGUCUGAUCCCAGGUUGAAAGAGUGUAUGGAUAUGUUAAGAUUAACUCUUCAAACAACAUCAGAUGGUGUCAUGCUAGACAAAGAUCUUUUUAAAAAUGCUUUCUGUGGGCAUUAUUUUAUUGUAUCUGUGAAUGAAGUUGUUAGAGUAAUGGUUGCAGAUUAUAUUCCUCAACUGGCCAAAUUCAGUCCUGAUUUGUGGGGUGUGUCUGUUUGUACAGUAGAUGGACAGAGGCAUUCCACUGGAGAUACCAAAGUUCCCUUCUGUCUGCAGUCCUGUGUAAAACCUUUGAAAUAUGCCAUUGCUGUUAAUGAUCUUGGAACUGAGUAUGUGCAUCGAUAUGUUGGAAAAGAGCCUAGUGGACUAAGAUUCAACAAACUAUUUUUGAAUGAAGACGAUAAACCACAUAAUCCUAUGGUAAAUGCAGGAGCAAUUGUUGUGACUUCAUUAAUAAAGCAAGGAGUAAAUAAUGCUGAGAAAUUUGACUAUGUCAUGCAGUUUUUGAAUAAGAUGGCGGGUAAUGAAUAUGUUGGAUUCAGUAAUGCAACGUUUCAGUCUGAAAGAGAAAGUGGAGAUCGAAAUUUUGCAAUAGGAUAUUACUUAAAAGAAAAGAAGUGUUUUCCAGAAGGCACUGACAUGGUUGGUAUAUUAGACUUCUACUUCCAGCUGUGUUCCAUUGAAGUGACUUGUGAAUCAGCCAGUGUGAUGGCUGCAACACUGGCUAAUGGUGGUUUCUGCCCAAUUACUGGUGAAAGAGUACUGAGCCCUGAAGCAGUUCGAAAUACAUUGAGUUUGAUGCAUUCCUGUGGCAUGUAUGACUUCUCAGGGCAGUUUGCUUUCCAUGUCGGUCUUCCUGCAAAAUCUGGAGUUGCUGGGGGCAUUCUUUUAGUUGUCCCCAAUGUUAUGGGUAUGAUGUGCUGGUCUCCUCCUCUGGAUAAGAUGGGCAACAGUGUUAAGGGAAUUCACUUUUGUCACGACCUUGUUUCUCUGUGUAAUUUCCAUAACUAUGAUAAUUUGAGACACUUUGCAAAAAAACUUGAUCCUCGAAGAGAAGGUGGUGAUCAAAGGGUAAAGUCAGUGAUAAAUCUUUUGUUUGCUGCGUAUACUGGAGAUGUGUCUGCACUUCGAAGAUUUGCUUUGUCGGCUAUGGACAUGGAACAGCGGGACUAUGAUUCCAGAACAGCACUCCAUGUAGCUGCUGCAGAGGGUCAUGUUGAAGUUGUUAAAUUUUUGCUGGAAGCCUGCAAAGUAAACCCUUUCCCCAAGGACAGGUGGAACAACACUCCCAUGGAUGAAGCACUGCACUUUGGACAUCAUGAUGUAUUUAAAAUUCUCCAAGAAUACCAAGUCCAGUACACACCUCAAGGAGAUUCUGACAACGGGAAGGAGAAUCAAACCGUCCAUAAGAAUCUUGAUGGAUUGUUGUAAUGGUCUUAAAUCCCAAGAUUUAAAUCACUUACCUAUUUAAUUGUGGAAAAUGAUUAUGAAGAACAUGUGUAUUUCUAUCUGGUAGUGAUGUACAUUUUACAUUUGUCAUUUCAGUGUUACUGGAGUUUUCUUCAUUGUGCGCACAGGACAAAUCUGAUCUCUUUGGGAAAAAAUAGAAAUAAAACAAUCUCCCUCCAUAAUGUGAGCAAUAUUACCUCGUGCAUUGUAUAAUUUGAUGUAAAAGAAAUAGUUACCAAUGCUAGCUUAAUUGUGUGGUCUUCCAUGAUUUGUGUUUUGUGAAUUUUCAGUUUAUGGUGAUGAUCUGCUGAUAUGCAUUUAUAAAUUAAGCUCUGUUGUACAGUCGUUCAAAUGGGUCAAGUUUGCCUUUAGAAGCAAAUAGUGUGAUUUUCAAGACUUCAAAUACAGAUUUAGUUUGAGUGUUUGAACAACUACAUGCACUUAUGGUUGUGUGUUUAAAGUGUCUCUCUCUCUCACCCUAGCUUCACGAUGUGACUCUUAAAAAACUAUAAUAGUUAACAACUGUUAAUAAGAUACCAAUUCUGAUUAGACUUUAUCAGGGAAUCUGUUUAAGAUGUUUGGUGACCAAAACAUAUGUGUGAAUGUAGUUAUAAUACUUUAAAAAAAUUUUCCUUUUUCUAUAUCCCCUUAGUCCAGCCUCUCUUCUCAGACAUUAAGCUAUCUGCCUCUUUCCUUUAGCUGGGAAAGUGAGUGCUGGCAUACUAUGCAGUUUUCAUGUUUUCCAUAGUAAGUCCAAAAAUGCCUCCUAUUUCUGGCAUCAGAACUUUGCCAUUUGUCUACAAAAGAACCAGAGACAAAAUUACUAAGUAUAAAUUAGUCAAAUUUAUCAGUUUAAAAAAUGAAGGGAUGUGCAACUGCAGAUCUUUAAGAUUUUUUUUUUUUUUUUUUUUUAGCUUCUAGGGUAAAUAUAAAUUCAGAAAUAUUCUAAGCUACCAAAGUUAUCCUGAUAGUAUGGGAACUGCUACAACUAAUGUUUGUUUCCAAGCCUGUCAUUAAGAGUCUGCAUCAAGAGAUUUGUCCUCCUUGGGGGACUACUGGAUCAUUCCAGAUUUCUUGUGAUUCUCUAUUGUGUAAUUCUUGGUGGGCUCUGUAGUUUAAUAAGAAAAAGGGCCAUUUCAUUUUAAAUUGUGACCUAUAAUUUCUUUGUCUUGGGUUGGUAAUUCAGGAUUCAUUUGGAAAGUAAGUAAAAUGGGCUUCAAAAAACUGAAAGAACAGGAUUUUCUAGGAAUUGCACAUACAUUUCAUCCUGUCAUACUUCAAGGAGAUAAAGUGGCAUGUUAGUGAGGACUUCUGAUAUUAAGCACACACACAUGCACACAAAUGGACUUCUUUGAAGCUGUGUUUAGUGAAAUGAGCAGAAUUCUCAAGUACAUGAAUGCUAGUCAUUACACAUACAGCAAUUUCCUUUUUUUUUUUUUUUUCUGUGAGCAGACACUGCUGCUUCCAAGCUUUACCAAGAUUGAUGGCACCUUACUCCAGCAGCCUCCAGGUGCUUUCAUUUUACUUCCAGUCUAAGCCAGUGGCUAUAGCUACUGCCCUCCCAUUACCUAGAUGGCACCUCCUUUGGUGAAACCACGGCCAGUGUUCCUUAGCUGCACCAGGCAUGAAGCUGUUCCCAUGCUUGAGCUUUCGUGGGGAGGAUGGUGGGUAAGCAGUUGCCUACCCCAUGGAUCUAGCAAGCCGUGAAGACAGGUAGCAUUUUUAAGAUGCGGCACAGGAGCAGCAUUAUCCCCAAAGAUAUUACAGGGUAGACAUGUUUUAAUUGAAAUCAACUGAGAUAACUUUGCUCAAAUAGGAGCCUGCUUUGUGUGAUUAAAAUGAAACAUUAAGACAGUUCAAUUGUGUGACUUGAAGAUUACCAAUGAUUUUGAGGUUUUUCUAUAAUAAAAAGAGGUUCUAACCAUUAUUUGGGAACAAGGAGAGUUUUCAUCUUUUUUCAGAUCAAAAUUGUCUGUAAAAUCUUUUUUGUUUAAUUAAAUGUGCCCUUAUUUACUCCUGAUGUUAUUUAUGACUAUGCGCCGAUUUCUGCUUGGGCUGUUUGCUGUUGGCUGGUAAUAAUACAUUUGUUUUAAAUGCUGUUGACUGUGCUAUUAACUGCUGCCGUCAGUAAACUCCAAAGAUCUUUUUGUUUUGGCUUUAGUAUCAUACGUGCUUUUUCUGUAUCAUGAGAGCUGUAUAUGGUCAUGUUAAUUUAAAGCUUUAUAUACUUUGUUGUUUUUGCUGGUCUCAUCUUUGGUAAUAUGCUAUACCCCACUGCUGCCCGACACUGCCCUUUAGCUGCAGAGCUGGAUUAGCUAUUGACCAUUUGAUGCUGUUGUCUGUCUGGCAGGGACUGAAUGACCUGAUGUCAGAUUUAGAUUCUUCCUGGGGAUUACACAGCUAUGAAUGUAUUUGCUUCUAAAACCUCCCAAAGUGAAUCUAAUCUUAACACUACGAGUUGUAAGUAUUCUGAAAUUGGGAAACAUUUAUUUUAAAUGCAAUCAGGUAGUGUUGCUUUUUACAGCAUAAUAAAUAUAUGUAUC